GGAUGACCGUGCCUUCUGCGAUGGACGGCUUCUCGCACCUACGGAAAGCCUGGAUAAAGCAGCGGCAGGCCAAGAACUCUACUGCGGUGUAUUCUGCCGCUCCUGCGGCACCAGAAAUCAACGCAGAAGUGUCCUCGUCAACAUCUCCCGAGAAGCGCCCUGGCAACGGGAUGUCAGCUGAUGUAGUUCUUGACAGAAGUAGUGGCUCUAGUACGCCUAGUGAUCCAACGAUCGCAGCUGUUUCCGCACUGUCUCCUGGUAACACCACGACGAAGAACACGGAGCGACAUAAUUACCGUGCAUCAGCAACAGCAUCUCAUGAACCGGGUGAAGACACAACAAGCUUCACGACGAAUCUCCGUGAGGCGUUUUGGGGCCUUGUCUCCUCCUCGGCUGAUCGCCUCGUGGCGGUUGUACGAGGGCCUGUCCCCGCCCCUGCGUUAGGCAAAAAAUACUCUGGUCUGAGUUCGAC